AUGUUUGAAAUGGUUCUAGUUAUCGUCCCAUUCAAGUUUCAGAGCGUUACAGAUUCUCGAAAUGUGUUUUUCCAAUUUUUUUCUAUUAUUUUCGUACUAAGGGUAGUUUUUAACACACUCCGACGGCAGGUAAGGGGUUGUCCUUUGGAGGGAAUGUUUGAAAUGGUUCUAGUUAUCGUCCCAUUCAAGUUUCAGAGCGUUACAGAUUCUCGAAAUGUGUUUUUCCAAUUUUUUUCUAUUAUUUUCGUACUAAGGGUAGUUUUUAAGACACUCCGACGGCAGGUAAGGGGUUGUCCUUUGGUGGGAAUGUUUGAAACGGUUCUAGUUAUCGUCCCAAUCAAGCUUCAGAGCGUUACAGUUUCUCGAAAUGCGUUUUUCCAAUUUUUUUCUAUCAUUUUCUUACUAAGGGUAGUUUUUAACACACUCUGACGGCAGGUAAGGGGUUGUCCUUUGGAGGGAAUGUUUGAAAUGGUUCUAGUUAUCGUCCCAUUCAAGUUUCAGAGCGUUACAGAUUCUCGAAAUGUGUUUUUCCAAUUUUUUUCUAUUAUUUUCGUACUAAGGGUAGUUUUUAACACACUCCGACGGCAGGUAAGGGGUUGUCCUUUGGAGGGAAUGUUUGAAAUGGUUCUAGUUAUCGUCCCAUUCAAGUUUCAG